CUUGGAGACAGUAGAAACAUGGUCAGAAUAAGAUAUAGGAACAAGAUUUCUUAGAUUGUGGUAUGGUUGAAUGAAAUUGUAAAUUAAUAUACAGUGUUUCUUAUAAUAAUUUUAAUUGAUAGUUUUUUCUUGUGGUGAGUUAUUUACGUUACACCGUUUUGGUUGAUAAGAAUUAGUUUGUAAUAAUUUUAACUUGUUUUAAUAGUUACGUUAGGGUUUGGAGACCGAAUGUUGCAUUGUAUAGUGACGACUUUCUUCUUUAUAAUAAGUUGUUUUGUAUUUUAAUCGUUUCAUUUAUUGGAUAGUAUUUUAGGUUUAAAUUUUUUAAUGUAUUGUUCACAAAAGUUUGCCUUUUCAUUUUGAUGGACAAAUAGUUUUUGCGUAAAUUAUGUGCUUUGCUGUGUUUUCAAAAUGGUGGGUUGAUGUUUAGUUGUACUGUUAGGUAUUUUAGAUUGUAAGGUACUGCUCCAGAGUAAUUGUAAGUGCUGAAUACUUGUUUUUUAUUGCCUUGGUGGAAUUUAAUCAGAUUGCUUUAUUUAAAUGAAUGUGAAAAACAUAGGAUGGUAGGGUUGGAAAAAUGGUGGCGGCCUCGAGUAGGACCGUCUGCAAUCGUAUUAAAAUUGCUCUCGCUGUGCUAAUCGUUAGGGCAAAUUAAGUUGAUUUCAAGUUCACAUAGAACAUACUUAGGGUAAUGGCUUAUGUAGAAUUGUGUAGGGAAUCAAUAGGGGCGAAUUAUUUAGAAGUCUCGUGCUAGAAAAGGGGCAAUCCAUAUCAAAUCAACCAAAAAAAUAAUUAUUUUAAACUUUUGAGGUUUUCAAAAUGUAUCAUAUUUGGUGAUUGUGUUCUACUCAUCAGUAUGUCCAAAAAAUACAAAUACCUCGUUUAGGGUAAAAUUUCAAUCCGGAUUGAACCUGUACUGGAGUGAACUCGGAGUGAAUGUGUAACGACCAUAGACUGACGAAAUGCGUUUAUGGUAAAUAUCAUAAUCCAGAUUGAAAUGUAAACAAGAUCGAAGUUGGAGUCAACAUGGACUGAAAAUGUUGUGGUGCGAUCUAAUCGAUGAAAAAGCAAAGCAAUCUUAAAAUAUGUUUUUCAAUCAUUACGUCCAACAAUAACUCUACUUCCAUCCUGUCCACACAUUCCUCUGCUCUUGUUUUGCCAUUUUCACAAAUUAUGCCUGAAAUGCAACGAGACCAAUAACAAACCAUGCAAUAUGGCGGCGGCUUGCUCGUGCGUGUUUUCUUUUCACCCAGUCCGUGUUUAAAGUAAAAUCACAAUCCGGAUUCUUCAGUCCAGUCCACCUCAACAAGUGGAGUGGAUUAUCUCACUUCACUCCAACGUCAGUCCACAACAAAGUGUUUUAAGUAAAAUUUCAAUCUAGAUUCCUCACUCCACUCCACUUCAGGAUGGCUGAAAAUGUAAAUACAAAACCUGGCUGCAGCAAAGAUGAUCCUGAGUAUACCGAUGUAGAAUCAGGUAUAGAUUUUUUAAAUGCCUCAUUGAAAAUAGCAGAAUCACCUGUUGUUAAAAUAAAAUGUAAAUCAAAUAAGAAUUGCUUCAAAGAAAAACUUGACAAAAUUAAAUUAAUAUUUAAUGAAACUUUUUCCCAAGCUGGCAACAUAGAAGAGGAUAACAAAAAUCCCCCCAGACAACUCGCAGCUAAAAGAAAAAUUCGCAACAGCAAGCAGUGAAAAACUUCAGAUUUUAACAAUUUAACCAACCAGUUGUUCGUGUGCAAGAAUGGAACUUGAAUUUGGUAUUAUUAAUUAUAUGGCGAGGAAAAAAAAUUUGUUGAAGAAAAGGGAGUGCUAUCGACACCUGAUCCAAAACCUGGGAAAACUACCUUGCGAAACAGGUGAUGUAGAUGGAAAGCAAAACAUAAUUAUGGUGUAAGAACUACGAUGUCUGUCCACUAUAAAUUCAAAUCCACACUUGAAUAUGAUACCGUUACUUUUGAUGGUUUGCACAUAUCUGUGCGAGAGUUGAAGAAAGCUAUUUUGUAUCAGAAGCGGAUUGGUAAAAACACCGAUUUUGAUUUGCAAGUUACAAAUGCUCAGACAAAAGAAGUCUACACUGACGAUAAUACUUUGAUCCCUAAAAACACGUCACUUAUAGUGGCGAGAAUUCCCCUGACUGCGCAGCAAAAAAAAGCAUGGGACAGGUCAGAAGCAAAUCAGCAGUUAGCAGGAGUGCAAAAGAAUAUUGAAGUUCUGGACAGCUCUGAAUCAGGUGUAUUAAGAUUAGCCAAGGCGGUGGACCUGACCAGCCUGGACGCCAGCGAAGAGGACAAGAUUCAGGCUAUGAUGACCCAGUCCACCCAGGACUACAGCCCGUCAAAUUACAUCAAGAUACGAGGUGCGAAUCAGAUGGGAGAGGUCCCCCCUUCCUACCGCUGUUACAAGUGCCACCAGACAGGUCACUGGAUCAAGAAUUGCCCUCUUAUUGCGAACCAGGACCCGAUAGACUACAAGAAGAGCACAGGAAUACCUCGCAGUUUUAUGGUGGUGGUGGAGGGCCCAUCGGUACCAGGCGCCAUGAUGACUCCAACGGGAGAGUUUGCGGUGCCCGCAAUAGACCACCAAGCGUACAAGGAAGGGAAGAAGGAGAAGCCGCCGUUCCAGCCGGAGCCGGAGCUGGUGGUGGAGAAGCCGGAGAUCCCGGAGGACCUGCUGUGCACCGUGUGCAAGGACCUGCUCACGGACGCCAUCAUGAUACCCUGCUGCGGCAACUCCUUCUGCGACGACUGUAUUCGCACUGUUCUGCUGGAGUCCGAAGACCACGAGUGCCCAGACUGUAAAGAGAAAGACGUGUCUCCGGACUCGUUGAUCCCAAACAGAUUCCUGCGAAAUGCGGUCAACAAUUUUAAGAAUGAAACUGGGUACCACCGGACAACGCCCAAGAUCCAUUUGCCUGUGGCAGCCGCAGAGGCGGUGCCGUCGCGGGUCAGCGUGGUGGCGACUGUGAGCGUGUCUGUCAGCGCCACGCAGAACACAGCGUCGACGGCGCACCCGCAAGUGGCUCCUGUGCCGCUGCUCGCAGCGCAUGAACCAGGCGGUGGUGGUGCUGCCCCCCUGCAGUCUCAGUUCGAACCCGCCGUGGCUGCAGAUCCGUCGCUCGCUCAGACGUGUGACAACACCGUGAGCACGAUCCCUGUGCUGGGCAGCACCGGGGUCAUGGUUCCCCACCACCACUCGGUCAACGUCCCUGUGGUCUUGACUGCCACCCCCAUCAAGGAUGUCCCCCCUGCGUCCGUGGGGCCAGUCGUGCCACUGAUGCCAGCUGUGGCGGCCCCAGAAGCAGCGAGCAGCGCGGAGAAGCCAGUGGUGCAGGUGGCUGCAGAGAGUGCCGCACCUGCCGUCGCUCUGUCCCCGGCCGUCGCUCUGCGAGUGUUGGACACCAAAGAAGCUGUGGCGUCUGCCAAGCCGGCCCACGGGGACGGCCCAGUGAGCCACAUCGAGCCGGUGACGAGCCGCGUGAGCGUGCCCACGACUCUGUCCUCGCAGGUCGCCACGCAGCUGGUGAAGGUGCCAGUGUCUGCGAGUGGAACGCCGUCCGUCCAGGUUACCACCGCCCUGCCUCAGGCACAGGCUCCCAUCAAGCUGCCGCCACUCAGAGUGGCCGAGCACACACACCUUCCUCCGCAGCCCAUAUAUCCACCACACUCCGCGCGACUGUCCGUGGAGGACCGGCCCGGGACACCGACCAUCGACGAGAGGAACCUGGAAGGGGGGUCGACCCACCUGGUGGCCGCCUUGCCGGACACGUCGGUGCCGCCACCCAACUUCAACCCCCCUCCCCCGGGAGAGACCCCACAGCACUUCCAGAUCAAGACUCUGGAGCCCAUGCGGUCGCAACGAUUGGGGUUGUCGUAUCGGCAAGAGCACUCCUAUGGCCAUCGUAGUGGUACUAGGCUGGGAGGCCAGGCUUCGGAUUACAUCCCCGGCCCCAUGGGCCCCCUUUCCUUGCGGCCUCCCGCGGCGCCCGACCACUCUCGCGCGGUCGUCCCACAGCCGGCACCCGUCACGGGGAGCUAUCCUCACAGUCAGUAUGAUCAUAACCGUCCAAGUUAUCACCAUGAUUCUGGCAGCGGUGGGCGUUCUAGUUACUCAGAUGUUGACAGAGACAGUCAUUUGUUGCACCGCGGGAGUUACAGAGGUUACCGUAACCGCGGUCGUGCAUUGCAUGGUGGCUAUCGUGGCCACAGCCACCAUCAUCCCUCUGCCAGCAUUAGCAGGGGCGUGCACAAUGGCAGCCAGGCAAGCACGAUCGACGACCCACUGGAAGCGUUUGAGCGGAUGCUGCGGGAGAAGGACCGCAAGCGCAAGCUGCGCCACCCGCGGCGCUCGCGCUCGUUCUCCCGCAGCCGCAGCAACAGCCGCAGCAGCCGGUCGUACAGCCGGUCGAGGAGCCGGAGCCCCUCGCGCACGCGGACCCGCUCCAGGACGAGGUCUCGCUCCCCCCGCUCCCGCACCAGGACGCCCCGCAAGCGGUCCCGCACCCGCACCAAGAGCCGAACCCGGUCCCCGUCCGGCUCCUUCAGCAUCAGCAGCAAGUCCCGAUCCAGAUCUUUUUCCCGCUCGCCGCCGCCACCGGGGCGAGGGGUCGUGCAUGGCAGCCCGAGGGACCGGGACAGGGACAGAGACAGGAAGCGGGACAGGGAGAGGGAAGUGUCCCCACGACGCAGAGCGAGCCCUCACUUCCGGUCGCCCGCCCCCGCCCGCCAGUCUCCGCCGCCUUCCAGAUACCACUCAUCAUACAAAGAUGUACGCACAGAGUUUGAGAACAGCUCCUACUAUGAGACGGAUUAUCAGCAGUACCCUGCGGCUCCGGCGAGCCGCGGCGGCAGGGGUAGCCGCUACCGCAAGGACUACAACAAAGACUAUUAUGAUCAGAGCUACAACAGAUACAACAAUGACAGGUACACCAGCCGUGAGACGCGUGCAGUUGAGCCCCUGCUGCCUGCUCCGCCGGGAGUCACUCAGUACGAUGCAAACCCGACCUCGUACCAUCGGUACAAUCAGUACGACGUGGCUCCCCCGGGCACCGGCCCGGACAUACCCGGUAUCGGAUCUUACGACAAGAUGCAUUACGACCGCGGGUACGACAGAGCACCUGCUCACGAAGCCCGCCCCAGCACUACGGAGUACCUCACCCCGCCGGGCGUCGACAUGCGAUCCGACUAUACGGGGAGAGAAUGUGAUGUUGCCAUGCUGAGCUUCCGGGACAAAGGUGCACCGCCGUCGAGAGAUAGAGACCCCGUUGUAACUUCUGUUCUUCGAGACUCGAGAGAUGUGAGUUCUUCUGGACGGGACAAUAAUUGGAGCAGGGAAGGGGACCACGUAGCUUCUCGGGACAGGGAUGCAGACCGCGAGAGGAAUAAGGACUACUACGAGACAGAUUACCGCCACACGUAUGAAAGCAAGUCCUACUCCUACAAUUCUCCUGACAGGAAGAAGAGGCAUUCCACGUCUCCGUCACGCCGAGGAGGAAGUAGGGAUCGUUACUCGGGCGGUGACCAGCACCGCCACAGUCGCAGUGAUGGUCGUCGGAAAGGAAGUCAGAGAGAUACCGGCAAGGAGAACCGCCAUACUUCGCAGCAACCUGUUGAAGCUUUGGAUGUGUCGGGAGACAGGGAUCGGGACAGAGACCACAACAAGGACAAGGAAGUUCAGAAAAGAGAGCGGGUAUUGGUGGAGGUGCGAAAAGAGCCAUCAGUUGAUAAAGAUAAGUUGAAGAAAGAAAAGGAAGAAAAGUCGAGGAAAGAUGAUGAUGAUAAGAGUAAGGAUAAAAAAUCCAAGGAUAAAAAGAAGAAAAAGAAAGAUGUGGAUGGAGAGAAAAUGAAGAAAAAGAAACGUAGAGAAAAGAAAGAUGGUAAUAAGAAAGAUGCAACAGAUAGUAAAACAAGCUCUAAUGAAAAAGUUAGAACUGGAGGACAGAGCCAGGGCAAAGCAGCAAAGAAAGAGGCAGCUCAGGCUGUAGCCAAAGCACAAGCAUCUGCAUCUGCAUCUGCAUCUGCAGCUGCUGAUAAUACGGUUACAAAAACUGCCCAACCCAUCACUGUGGUCAUUGGUGAGAAGAAAACAAAACCACCUGCCAUUCAGCAUUCAGAGAGUGUAGUGGAUGCACUGUAUGGAGACAUGGAAGACACAAGGAUAGAUGAUGUGCUAGUUGCCAGCUAUGGCAAGGUUGAACCAUUAGCUGAUGGAGAGACUGCGAAAGUUGAUACUUCGGAAGGUGCAAGUGAUUCCAAGGCAGUGGGAGACAUAAAAGAAGAAACUGCUGAAGUUACGGAAGUUGAAGAACAGAAAGGAGACAAUUCAGACAUUGCCAAGGCGAAUGUUGUUCUCGCACCAUUGCCAGAGCCUUCAAAGUGGGAACUUGAUGAUGAACUGGGAGAUGAGAAAAUGAUGGAAGAACGUUUAGGUGUUACCGAAGAGGUUGUAGAUAAAUCUGGAAACAAGGUAGUUACAUCAGAGGUGCUGAAACGCGCGGAGAAUGCAAUUUUCCAGAAAGCCAUCAACGCAAUACGGCCAAUAGAGCCAGCGAAGAAACCGUCGGUUGGCGAGAGAAAAGUCUACGCUACAAACGAAAAAGAAAAGAAGAUUCCUGCAGAGCCAAAUGUGAUUGACACAAUAGAUAUCACAAGAAAAGUAGCAGAGAAAGAAGCAAGAGAAGCUCGUAAGACUGCCAAUUCCAUUCAGAUAACUAUUCCUAUUGCGGGGCACGUGGAGAGGUCCGUAGAGUUGUCGACAAUGGAGAAUGCAACAGCCAGGAAAGAAAAACCAAAGUUGGACCGGUCAAAGUUCGGUCCUGGUGGGAGCCUUCUGACUUCGAACCAGUGGGGCGAGGUGCCAGAUGGUACAUCCCCUCACAGGGUCCCGGUCAAGGAGAGGCUGGGCGCUAAGGUCGAUGCGGAGGCAGAAAAGAGACGCGACGAAAGCGAAAGGGAGGAAAAGAGCCGCAGGCAAAGGCAUAGAAGUCGCAGUAACAGCAGGGAGCACAAACAGCACGGAAGUAGGAAAGGCUUGAACUUGAAAAGUGCCGUUGAGCGAAAGAGAACAGUUUCUCGCUCUCGAUCUAGGUCACCGUACCAUAGGAAGAUUAUAGCUGAUCGCAAGUUCUUGGAACCCCUGAAGUACGUUGAUCCUAUAGUUGCAGCAAUGGAGUUGCGAUACUUGGAGCCAACUGACAGGCGGUACUUGGAUCCUGCGAUUGAGAGAAAAUACAUGGAGCAUGGAUUGCGGAGAGAUGCUCGCUAUCCGGAAGGAGACAGGCGGCUGAUAGAGAGAGAUAUUCGCAGACCAGAUAAGCAUUACGAAAGUGAAAGAAGGCGAGAGCGUAGCGACAGCCACGAAAGAGAUUGGGCUCGUUCAAAGACUAGAGAAGAAAGGGACCACAGUCGCCACAAGGUUAAGAAGAGAACCAAAAAUCGUAGCGAAAGUCGCUCCCGCAAAAAAUCUAUUUUGGAUCGUGAAGUUAAGAGAAGCAAAAAGAAAGAAAAGAAACACAAGAAAGAUAAGGUUAAAAAACACAAGGCCAAAGCUGACAAAGAAGAAAAGAAAGAUACUGAGAAUGUUAAAGUAGACGAGAAGAAUGAACUUGCUGUGGAAGAAGGAAAGCAGGAUACCACUAACCAAGUGCCUGAAACAGCCAAAGAAAAACCAAAACAGACCUCUCAGGUAGAAAGUGAAGGAACUGCAGAAAACAAAGAAAAGUCAAAAAAAGGGAAUAGGAAAAAUCCUAGGUUGGCAAGUGAUAGGAAAAAGUCAACACUUGACGAAGCUAGUUUUGAACCGGACUAUGACUUGUCCUCAUCGGGAGAGAGUGAGACAGAGGAGGCAGCGGCGGCAGAAGGUGCCGAGAAGAAACCUGAAACUCAGUCUGGCGAUAAGGCUGCAUCGCCAAAGAAGCGUGAUCGAUCUGCAAGCACGGAAGUUGCCUCUGCAAGUGCCGGCACGGAAAAGAAGCGCCAGAAAGUUGAGAAAGAGAAGGAGGGUGAGAAAAGUAAUGAUCCAGACCCAAAGAAAGCCAGCAAAACAACCGGAGGAAAGGCAUCAAAGAAGCGAGAAAAAUUUAGUUCGACUGAGGAAGAUAGCUCGGAUGAUAGUUCUGACGACUCUGACAGUAGUUCUGGUAGCUCCAGUUCGUCGGACGAAGAUUCCUCGGACGGUUCGUCCGUUCGCAGACGCAGAAAGAAACGUUCUUCUCGCAAGCACAGAAGGAAAAAGGGCAAGAGGAGCAGACGAACGGAAACUAGUUCAGACAGCGAUUCGGACAGUGACUCGGAUGAUGCGUCGAGUAGUGAAUCCGGUGGGGGCCGUAGAAGAGGCCGUAGUACAAAGAAACACAAACAUCACUCUAAAAGGGCCAGCAAGAAGAAGAAAAAAUCAAAACACAGAUAAAAAACAAGUUAAAGUUAACUGGAGAUAACUUUGCUUCAUGUAAUUAUGUACGUCUGUGGUGACCUGUAGUCGCGGACUGAAUCCUGAAUGCAAGUGUUGUAUUUAAAUGUGCAUCAAUUGUGUUCAUGUGGUACUGAAAGUGUCAUUUCUAACUACACAAGAGAACUAUUUGAAUAUUACUUGGAACUGAUAAGAUGUAUUCAGGAUGACUGAAGUAAAUAUUUGAUAGCUGUAGUAAAGUCACGAGACUGUUUAUUACGAGAUUUGUAAUGUUUUGAAUGAUUAGUUCCUUGUUUUGUUAAGCUUUGCAGACUAAAGAAAGUACUGGUGCAUAGAAGUUUAUGUAGUCACCAAGGAUUUGUGUUUGAAUUACUAUCUGUUUAGGAAUAUACCUGAUAGCAUAUACAUAUAGUAUGUUAAGAGGUAUUUAGUCUUGGUACAUAGUUGGUGUUUAUAAGCUGCAGUGACAGUUUUAUGAAUAUGCUAUUUAAACUAGUUACAUUUUCCAGCCAUCUUAGCUAUAGCAUGUAAGCUUUACAUUAUCAAUUUGUUUUUAUGUUCCUUUAUUAAAUGUUAAAAAUUUGGAUUAGAAUGUUGCUUCCCAUUUUUUCCACUACAAUUAUAUUCUGAAAAAUGAUUAAUUCAAAGAAUUAUAGUACUGUGGAUGUAUAUGUAUAUACUGGCAGAUCUAAAGUACUGUUGCUAUAAUUUUAUUUGUAAAAAAAAUGUAAGCUAGAUGAAUGUGUUUAAUAAAUCAUGACAGAACCAAUUA